AUGCGAAAGUCGUCCGAGGAGCAGUUUGGCAAGGCGACCGAGCUGCUCUACGCCGACCUCGGCUGGGGCGACGCGGAGGCGGCGCAGCUGGCGGAGGUCCUCGCGAGCGGGGCAGCGCCGCGGCUCGAGACGCUCGUUCUCCACGGCAACAACAUUGGCGACGAGGGCUGGAAGGCGCUGGCCGCCGCCCUCAAGGAGGGGGCAGCGCCGCGGCUCGAGUACCUCACUCUCAACGGCAACAAGAUUGGCGACGAGGGCUCCAAGGCGCUGGCCGCCGCCCUCGGCAAGGAGGGGGCAGCGCCGCGGCUCGAGUACCUCGCUCUCAACGGCAACAAGAUUGGCGACGAGGGCUCCAAGGCGCUGGCCGCCGCCCUCGGCAAGGAGGGGGCAGCGCCGCGGCUCGAGUAUCUCUAUCUCCACAGCAACAAGAUUGGCGACGAGGGCUGCAAGGCGCUGGCAGCCGCCCUCAAGGAGGGGGCCGCCCCGAGCUUGAAGGCGCGAGACGCCCCCCUCGCCACACGCCCCUCCCCCGCCCAAUGCUCAUCGCACCUCCCCUCGCGUGCAGACGCUCUACGUGGACUACGAGAACAAGAGGCCUGA